CCCGCCUUCCUCAGGUUGGAGAGGUUGGUGUGUGGUUCGGUUCGGGUUCCUCAGGUUGGAGGGGUUCUGUGUUGCUGGGGAAGACUCCAGACCCGCAUCGCCUCCUUGCAGCCUCACCCUCGCGGUUAAACUCACUUUUAUCCAGUAGGAAAAAUCCCUGCACGCGUCGCUAGGCAGACGGCGGCUCCGGCAGCCAAUCGCAUUGGCCGUGUGGAGUAGCGGGCGCACGGAGUAGACUGACCGAGUGACAGCGUCUGAGUCCCGGGGAGGAGGAUCGCAGAGGCUCCGUGGGAGUAGUCAGCGCCGCGGACAAGAUGCCGAACAAACCGAAGAAGGAGAAGGAAUCCUGCAAAUCUUCCAAAAGCUCCAAGAACAGCAGCAGCGUGAAGGACGGCGGGCCGGAGAACCCGGAGGAGGUGCAGCAGCAGCAGAGCGGCAACAAGCGCGCCAGCUGCAGCACGCCGCCGCCAACGCAGCUCAACAAGAUCAAAUACUCCGGCGGCCCAACGCUGCUGAAGAAGGAGCGGCGCCAGAGCUCGACCCGGUUCAGCCUCACCAAGAACCGCGAACUGCAGAAGCUGCCCGCCCUGAAAGAUGCCCCGCCCCCGGAGCGUGAGGAUCUGUUCGUGCAGAAGCUGCGGCAGUGCUGCGUUCUGUUCGACUUCAUCAGCGACCCGCUCAGCGACCUCAAGUACAAGGAGGUCAAGAGGGCGGGGCUUAACGAGAUGGUGGAGUACAUCACGCACAACAGCGAGGUGGUGACCGAGAGCAUCUACCCCGAGGCCGUCGUCAUGUUUUCCAUAAACGUGUUCCGGACUCUUCCUCCGUCCUCCAACCCGACCGGCGCCGAGUUCGACCCGGAAGAAGACGAGCCGACGCUGGAGGCGGCCUGGCCUCACCUGCAGCUGGUGUACGAGUUCUUCCUCCGCUUCCUGGAGUCUCCGGACUUCCAGCCCAACAUCGCCAAGAAGUACAUCGACCAGAAGUUCGUUCUGUCGCUGCUGGAGCUGUUUGACAGUGAGGAUCCCAGAGAGCGAGACUUCCUGAAAACGAUCCUCCACCGGAUCUACGGAAAGUUCCUGGGUCUGCGCGCCUACAUCCGCCGGCAGAUCAACAACAUCUUCUACAGGUUCAUCUAUGAGACGGAGCAUCACAACGGGAUCGCUGAGCUGCUGGAGAUCCUGGGCAGCAUCAUCAACGGCUUCGCUCUGCCUCUGAAGGAAGAACACAAAAUGUUUCUGAUCCGGGUUCUGCUGCCGCUCCACAAGGUCAAGUCUCUGAGUGUGUACCACCCUCAGUUGGCUUACUGUGUAGUCCAGUUCCUGGAAAAGGACAGCAGCCUGACGGAGCCGGUGAUCGUGGGCCUGCUGAAGUUCUGGCCCAAAACCCACAGUCCGAAGGAGGUGAUGUUCCUGAAUGAGCUGGAGGAGAUCCUGGACGUCAUCGAGCCGGCCGAGUUCGUCAAGGUGCAGGAGCCGCUCUUCAGGCAGCUGGCCAAGUGUGUGUCCAGCCCUCACUUUCAGGUAGCAGAGAGAGCACUGUACUACUGGAACAACGAGUACAUCAUGAGUCUAAUCAGCGACAACGCCGCCAAGAUUCUCCCCAUCAUGUUCCCCGCACUCUACAAGAACUCCAAGAGCCACUGGAACAAGACGAUCCACGGUCUGAUCUACAACGCUCUGAAGCUUUUCAUGGAGAUGAACCAGAAGCUGUUUGACGACUGCACCCAGCACUACAAGGCUGAGAAACAGAAGGAGAAAUACAAGCUGAAGGAGCGGGAUGAAGUCUGGAUGAAAAUCGAGGAUCUGGCCCGGCAGAACCCACAGAGCAAUAAGCUCCACCCCCUGCGGCCUGGACUCCACCCACAGGAAGAGUUCCUGAUGUUUAGCGAUGGCGGUCUGGCCUUCAUCUCCAUGGAGACGGAGACUCCCACAGCGGAGGACAUCCAGCUGCUGAAGAAGACGGUGGAGACGGAGGCGUCCCAGGGGGUGAAGGAGCUGCAGAAGGAGAAGUCGCUGAUGCGCAGGAAGUCGGAGCUACCGCAGGACGUUUACACCAUCAGAGCUCUGGAGGCGCACCAGCGGGCCGAGGAGUUCCUCACAGCCAAUCAGGAGGCGCUCUGACCCAUAUGAGGCCCCGCCCUCUCCGAGGCUCCGCCCCUCGGUGGCCGGAACCGGUAGGACACUAGAAGCUCCGCCCGUCUGUCCAUGUGCCGUGUCUCAGCGCUCCACUGUGAUUGGACAUCAGCCACAAGCCACGCCCACAUCUCCCCAGAGGCUGCCGCGGUCCAGACCGCCGCCAAGCGCCUGAACGCAUCGCUGGAGACCAGAGCAGGAACCUGGUGGUGCGUCCUGAUUGGCUGCUCUGGCUCCGCCCCGUAGUGGUGUUGCCAUGGAAACUGUGGGGCCUUCAGGCCCUACUGUACGUGGAUGAAUGUCCCUGUGACCUCUGACCUCAGUCAGCCAAUUAGGUUUGGAUCUGCUGAGACGCAGUGAAUGUAGGUGUGGUCUCCGCCAGGACUACCGCUAUUGAGGGCUUAGACCCAAACACUAGGAAGCAGGCCCGGUUCUGAUGGUUCUGAUGGUCCGGUCACCACAGGAAGUGAUGGGAUGGCUGCAGGUUCCUCCAGGUGUUUCAGACAGGAACUCUGAUUGCUCAGAGGAAACAAGUCGUCUAAUUAAGCAGCUCUGAGGUGGGGGAGGGGCUUUGUGAUGUCAGUGAGGACACGCCCCCAUGAAGGACACGCCCACAGAAUGUCUUGGUUUUUUUUUCUUCAUCACUCUUCCAGCUGUUGAGCCGACAUGUCAUCAUCCCAUUGG